AGUGUUACUUGUGCGACUAUAGGACAGACGAAAAUAAUUUAUAAUCAGAAUAGCUGAUUCGUGUGAUUGUUCAUCGGAGAAAGACGAAGUUUGUGAUGAUAUUACGUUUCAUUGACCUCGAAUAAUAAAGUGUUGGGUAUUGCGCAUGAGGAACUGCAUGCCCUUGGCAAAGCCACUCGUAGCCUAUUUUUUUCUCCUGGGUGACGUUUCUGAACAACUUGCCGAAAAUAUGUGUAGUGAAAUGUUGUCAGUGUGACUGUGACAAAUUGUUGUGCAAUUUUCUAGUUGAAACAGCGCGGCAUUUCGGCGUAAACACGAGUUGCGAGCUGUGACGCGAGGAAUGCCAGGGCGCCUGCUGCCCUUAAAUGCGCAGUGCUCUCAAGGAUUCGUCGUAUUUGGUGUCUGGCACCAUGCAUCGACAUUAAAGAGCUAUGUCGUCAGUAAAGAGUUCAUCAUCAGCCGGAGACUCGACCUGGCGGGAUUCGGACCGGCACGAUGGUCGCUCGGGAGAGAUAGUGAAGCGAGGAUACUUAAAGAAGCUUAAGACAAUGCGCAAGAAAUACUUUGUUUUGCGUGGCGAGUCAGUCGAGUCUUCAGCACGUCUGGAGUAUUAUGAUAGUGAAAAAAAAUGGCGGUCGCAUCAUCCUCCCAAAAGGAGCAUUCUGCUGAAAACUUGUUUUAAUAUCAAUCGUCGACAAGACACAAAGCACAAGUAUGUGAUAGCACUGUAUACGAAAGAUGACUGCUUCUGUGUAGUUUUGGAAUCCGAGGAAGAGCUGGAAGAAUGGUUAAAAUCAUUGUUGUCACUUCAGCAGGGUGAAGAUAUUCCUGAAGGAGAACAGCCAAAACCUACUUAUGAGCAUGUAUGGCAAGUGACUGUCAAAGAGAAGGGCCUUGGCAACAGCCGCAACAUACUGGGCCCAUUUUUGCUUUGUCUGACAGACAAGACCCUCAGCUUGGUGCAGUGUGGCCCAUCUGAGGAUCCACAAACAUACGAAUUUCCGUUGAAUGGUAUUCGGCGAUGCGGGUACUCGGACUGCUUUUUCUAUAUGGAAGUUGGCCGUUCUUCAUGCACAGGAGCUGGUGACCUGUGGAUGCAGACUGAAGAUACCAACAUUGCCCAGAAUAUGCAUGAUGCAAUCCUCCAUGCAAUGAGUAGCAGUCGUGAGGACUCAGGCAGUAUAAGUGUCAGUGGUAAUUCACGUCCUCGCACACGCUCGUCACCAGGGAGUGACGCCGCACGGCCAUGCCGCAGGCAGGGUCACACUGUGUCAGGAAAGCCACCACACUACUCUGCAGGAUCAUCCAUUUACAAUGAGCACCAUCCACCUAGUGGCAGCACAGAAGCUGUGCACAACCAAGAUUCAUUUGUACAUUUUGUCAUAGGUUCAACUGGUCAGGGACGUGAAAGGUGUGACAGCUUGCCUUCGAGGGCCCGUACAACCAGUGAAGGUCACCCUCAACCACUGCCUGGAAUUCUGGGAGCCUCCAGAGGUGGUCAUCUGGUGCCUGGCCAUGGUCACCGUCCCACUUCUGUUUAUGGCCGUGGUAUAUCCCAUUCUCCUCCUGUUGGAUCUAGUCCUGUGAGUCCAAAUUCUGGUGCUUGUUCAACUGAUUCUGCUGGAUCAUCGCUGUCCAUUGAUGAGGGCGAUGGAUGGGGUGGAGAUGGAGAUCAGGGCUGUCCCACUGGUGCACGCUAUGGGACUGGCCACUCUCUCACACCAGAUGAGCCGGCAAUCCUUGAAGAGAACUGUGAUGACUACACUUGGACCCAACCUGGAUCGGGCAGCACUGGAUACAGCAGAGCUGUGCCCUCUCUGUCGCUACCCAUUCAAGGAGGGAGCUCCAGCAGUCGCAAGAUAUCACCCAACCUUAGCAGCAGUGGAUUCAAAUCGGGGUCUCCAUCACAGGGUUCAUACAUGGAUGUCUAUAGUCCAUGUAGCUCCUCUCCUCUGGAUAAUCCAGGCUAUAUGACAAUGAGUCCAGGUGUUGAGGAGGAAGAAAAGAAAAUAUUGUAUGCUGAUGACAUGACAAUACUAAAUAGUGACCAAAAUAUGGAACAGCUUGAGAGAAGAGCAUACAUAUCUGCAAAUGUCACAGCUCAAUGGCUGUUGGAAAAUGAAGUGGUUAUAAAUCUAAAAAAGACUAUGUAUGCAGUGUUUAAAAACAAGGAAAAGGCUGUAGACAUGGAUUUAGAGGUUGACGGAACAAGGCUGGAAGAAGUAGAAUCUGCUAGAUUCUUAGGUGGGGGAAAUGAGACAACUCCAAGAGCUGCCAGUGCAGGCACAUACAGCCGCAUGCACAGCCGUGGCAGCAGUGUGGCUGAUGAUCCAUAUGUACCUAUGGGACGCCCUGCCACAGAUGAUGGUUAUGUUGAUAUGGACAGCUCACAUAGUCGUAAGUACAAGGAUCUUCAUCAUGGUGAAAUGUCCCCAAGCAGCAGCUGCUCCGUUACAUCUGGUACACCAUCAACUGAUCUCCGCUUUUCAGAGUACCACCUAGAGAAAGUCAGCUCAUACUUCACACCCUCAGAAGAUGAUGAUGCAUCGUCUAUUGAUCGACCAAUUCGUGCAUAUUCUGUGGGGUCGCGGGCAGACACUCGAAAGACAAGCAGAUUGGAAGCAAGCCCACUGUUUGAGGAUACUGCACGUGUGCGGGCCUUUUCUGUUGGAAGUCGCCUUGCAGGACGUGUGGGCACUGGACGGCCACGGCACACACCUCCACCGCAUACUGCCACCACAGCUACUCCAGGUCCAAAGUCCAGCUCUGCACCUCUGCUAUCCAGUUCCUGGUCUGGCACAGGGGGAAGUGGCAACAACAGCAGUAUUGGAGGAGAUAAAAGCCAAAUGUCUGAUCUGAUGGAACUAGACUUCACCAGCGGCCGUGCACGUCCCGCUGGAAGUCGACGUACACUCCCUCCCCAUCGUGAGGGAAUGGGAUCUGGAGUUAUUUCCAGUUCACCACCUCGACGAUCGGCUGUACAUGCUGCAGGUCGUACACCUCCACCAUCUGGAAGCCCCGAUAGAAGGCCCAGAUCUCCUCGUGCUGAACCAGGUCAUCCUCCAACUGGUACUUCACCACCUUAUGUGCCCAUGAAACCUGUCCCAGGCACAUCACCAAAAAAUAAUGAUCACUUUCUUUCUGUACGUCCUGGUUCACCGCGUAGAACCGUGCCUGAUGCCUCUGCCAGCAGCAGACAGAAUUUACUGUCAAGGGAUCCAGAAUCAAAUGAAAGUGUGAGGCUGCUACAGUCAUCAUCUGCCCUGACAGCUUCAGAGAGUGGAAUAUCAACUACCACCUCUACAGUGACUGAUCCUUAUGUUCCAAUGCAACCUGUUGUAGUAUCUAGUUCAACGGAGCCUUAUGUACCGCUGCAGCCAGGGUCUUCAUUUUCCCCUCCUGUAGAUGCAGGACCCUAUCUGGACAUGAGGCCGAGCCGUGUUAAUGCAUCUUCAGUGGCAUCAGGACAGAUUUCUUCAGCAAAUGAAAGUGGUUCAGUGGAAAGUGAUCCGUACUUGGAAAUGAAGCCUUCCCUGUCAAGGGUUCCUAGUGUAGUGCGACCUACAGAGACACCAACUGUCCCACGUACUCGAGUACAGUCAUUUCCUACCACUAUUUGCCCAGGAACUAUGCCAGCAAAGCCAAAUGAAGUACCUUCAGGUGGCAAUGGUGUAGGAGAUCGUAAUGUGAGGCAAGUGCCUGUGAGGAAGACAUCUAGACAGGAAGAGUGGAUAACCACUGCAAUUGAAGAAGAAGCAAUAGAGGCAACACAGAGAGGUAGAAGCUCUGAUUACGUGGAGAUGGGUGGAAGUUCCUCAUAUGCAGACCAAAGCACCAGCCAUAAUCCGUAUGUCGAGAUGACUCCAAUUCAAAGACUGUCACAGCAAGAACCAAAAGAUUAUGUGGAGAUGGGUCCACCACCAGCUGCGCUACGAUCCAGCCUUGCUGCUCGCCCUCCAGAUUACAUCAGAAUGCAACCUGGGCAAAGAGUUUCUAACCACAAUCAGGAUUAUGCUGAACAGCCAGCUGUUGAUAUCUCAGUGAAGCAAACUACACAAGUUACAACCAGUGCUGCUGAUGGUUACCUGCCAAUGCAACCAGGCUCUGGCGCAUCUCGAAAACCAGAAGUUGUCACCCAGAGCACUGUAGCUAGAAGAUCUGCACCACUUGAUACACCAGCUGCCAGUACCAGGAGCCGUGAUGGUUAUGUUGAGAUGUCUUGGAAGCCACCAGCUACAAGGUCACUGUUAGAUGAUUACCGCCCCAGCCAAACACAGCAGCGAUCUGCACCAAUUGCCAUCACAAGGUGCACACCACCCAAAGCAUUGCAGCUAUCACCAUCACCUGGAUCGAGUCCAUUUUCAUCACUGCGCCGGCAGCGACGUGUACCUCAUGUAGUAGCAGAUGUGCCCACUCCCUCUGGCUCAGUCUUUCCAUUUAGUCCUGGAAGUCCUUCAAGUCGACCCUUUCCCGGAGAAGACGAUGCGAAGGAGCCAGAUCGGAAGUGUGCUGUGGAUGCAACUGGUGGAUGUCUACGGCUAUCAGCUCAGUCGCCGCCUUCGGAUAGUUCGGCAUCUGGUUCUGGAUCAGGAUCCUCAGAGCAGCCAACACCUGUAAAUGCUGAUUAUGCCAACUGCAGUCCACCACGUCGUCCUUUCUCAGAGCUUGUGGAUCUUCCGCAGCCCAUCGAGAGUGGACCCAGUCUGGCUCCCCGUGUCAUCAGAGCUCGGGGCUCUUGGGGACCAGGAGAGAAUAUUCCAAAGUUCGAAACACGCAGUGAGAGAGCAAGUUCAUCUGAGCAGAUAUAUGACUGUAGGGACAAGCCUCCGGUUCCACCUGCAAAGCCUCAAGGCUCAACAGCACCCACAGCAAGAAGUGUCAGACUGACCAAUUUCACAGAGAAACAGUUAUCGGGUAUUGACGCAGGACAAAUGAAGUCGUGUGAACUUCAAACGUGUGGCCGCCAGCAGGAAAGUGUUAACUACUCCACAAGGAGUGAACUCCAAAACGUGGGUAGAACUGAAAGUGAUCAAAACAAUGCAUCAGGUACGAGCACAACAGACGAUCAAAAACAACGUAAUAUGUUACAGAGCCAGCAAAGAGAAGAAAUAAAUUCCCGGCCUGCGAUGUCAUUUUCCAACAAAACUGCACCUUCGCUUCUAUGCGAGAAUCCUGAAGAGUUGAACUGUACAUCUUCAAGGUUUGCGCAAUCGUCCAAAUCUGAUAGCAGUUCAGGAAUCUUAAUGGACUCUGUAGGAGAAGUUCAGGAAGAAGGGAGACCCAGCCAUGUAAGGGAACAUAAUGACAGCCUAACUUCCAACGAAAGGAAGGAAGUUGAUCACUCAGAACAUAGUGCUGGAGAUAUAUCAACCUGCAAUGAUGCAGGCUGUUUAGGAUCAGAGGAAAAUCCUAAUGUAAACUCUGUGACGACUGAACUGACAGAGAAUUUGAGUCUGCCUUUGGAGGCCAUUGUUCCUGAACAUACAAAUAACAUAAAUAUAGUGGCCGUGGAAUGUACUGCAACAGAACAAACUCCAGAGAACUCGGUCAGUAUUCACCGUGAGUCUUCAAUUCAGCAAAAAGGUCCUGGAAGGCCAGUUGAUGUGGGGCAGCAUAAGUCACUGAAGACUCAGACGGAUGUGUUGAAUGGUCCUACUACCAGUGCACACCGACAAGCUAAUCCCUUAAUACGGUCAGGCUCUACUUCUAGUACAGCAUCAGCUGACCAGCAGCUACACUACGUAUCACUCGACUUGGAGGACAGGCCCAGUGAGAGAUCACAGCGCACUCAGCUUCGAGGAGAACAGCUGUAUGAUGGCAGUUCUUAUGCUCAGAUUGACUUCUCUCACAGGACUGAGUGACUGCUGUCUUAUUGAUUUGCUAUUUGACUGUGAGACUGUUUACUGUACACCUGUUUUUUCGUAUUGUAAUUGUAGCAAAAUGAAUAAGCAUUGCCAGUUAUUGGGGUGGUAAUGCAUCCUAGGUGAACUUUGAAUUGUGCAUCUUGCUAGCUUUGAGGCUGUCUAUUAAUUUUUUAUCUAGCUUUGGUACUGAAAGCAUGAAGACGAUUGCUGUUUGUAUGGCUUGCUGCUGAAAAUAAUGCUUUAGUAUUAAUUUGCUGCAGCAAUGCCUGAAAUGUAUACUAAGUAAGAACUACUCAAGUAUCAUUAGAAAAUGUGGCACACGCUACAGAGCUCCUCACCCACCACUCAGGAUCUUAUGCCCUUUAUGAAUUAAGGUAGGCCUAUCUUGUAUGCCCACUUCCGUAAAGUCCACUGGUGGGUAUUUGUCUGAGAAGUAUAAAUUUGGCAGCAACAUAUCUUUGUGGAUACAUAUACUUGUGUCAUUAUCUGAACCUAUAUUUGCUUUUAAGUUUAUUCCUAGAAUAAGUGCAUACCUAAUUGGUACACACCAUAGAGACAUUCUAAUGGAAAGGCAGCUGGCUCAGAUUUAGCCUCCAAGUGUAUGAGGGAUUUUGUUUUAAAAAUUUCCACUGUACAUUUGAUGUUUAGGAACAAGUACUUAGUACAUUUUUGGCAUUUUAUUAGAAAUGGUUUACAUGUGCUAUGUAUGGAAAAAAUGUGUAUGAUCGUCAGUAUGUAACGUGUUAUCAGAAUAUCAAGUACCAUGAGUUGAACAUGUUUUCACAAAAAUUUAAAAAUUGUUUCUUUACAAUAUUUUUAUGUCUCAUUCCAAAGCUGUCCCACAACAGUCUUUUGUGGUUACCUAUUUAGUGACCCAUCUAUGAAGUGAGAAGCACUUGUAUUUCUUCUUCUCCCCCUUUUUUUAAGGAAAAAACGAGAGCAAGAAAGAAAUAUGUUCUGUGAAUUAUCACCAUAACAUGUUGCAGAAAGCUUUUCACAUCCAUGGAGCAGCAUGAAAUGGGAGAUCUGUAGUAAAUACAUCUUAAAAUCCAGUGCUGAAGUUCAAAGCAUCAACUAAAAGGAUCCAAAAAAACUAGAUUAUUUGAUUUUGUACACAAAACUGUUUGAAGCAUAAGUGCAAAGUAAUGAUGUUGAGAAUAUGUGUGAUGUUUGUGAACCUCUUUCUUGUCUGUCACCUUUUUCAUUGCUGUUUCACAUAGCUACUUAACAUAAAUACAUAUUGGUAUGCUUCACUCGUAGGUGUGAAACAGCAGUAUUCUUUUUCCCCCCUCAUGGGAAAUUCAGAACUGACUGAUUACAAUUGCUAAUAAUUUAAAUAUGUCCUUUAUUCAUAACUAUUUAGUUGUCUGACUGAUGAGGUUUUUCAAUGGCAUGAAAAUGCCUUUGUGUAAGAAAACUGAUUUCCUUUGUGUGUUUACCAAAUAUUUAGCCUUAACAACUUUUUUUACAUACACAUUGUUCACAAGCAGCACAUCAUUUCUGAAAUUAACCUUUUAAUACCACGAGCACCUCUCUGGAUUUACAUUACCAAUUAACAAGUUAUAAUUUUUACUGUAUUUUCAAGAAUUUGUUUUGUUUAAAAUAUGUUGUCUCUAAACAUUGAACAUUGGGCCUCUCAAUCACACAUCAGUUAACACUGUAAUAAUAUUUUUAUCAAAGACCAGAGAAAUGAAAACGUGGAUUCAUGGACCAGGAUAGGUAAGAAUGUUAUAUCUCUGAAAUGUUGGACAUGGACAUACUGAUUGCUUUAACUGUCCACGUGCCAAUAUAAUUCAGCCUGGGUAGUGACUCCCAGCAUUUGCUGCUGUGUGCUUUGGCUACAGCUGAUGGCCUGCCUCAGUUGGUUGGUUCAGUGAAUACCUUUUCAACAAAAUUGUAUUUUCACAGAGUAGUAUAGAUAUUCAAAUCCUGAUACCUCCUUGUUUCCAUUAAGACCAUACUUGUUAAUACAGCACUGUUGCAAGUGCAAAAAUCACUGUUUCUAUGUGAUGUGUUUGACUAUCUGUAGUGUACAGAUAGUUGAAUGGCUGCAGUGCUCGCUGGAAAGUAGUUGGGAGUAAUAUCAGGUGCCAGGUGCACCAUGGUGCAGUAUAGCUUUCAUUUCUUGCUCAUGCAUAAGCUGACUCAGUUUCUAAAAUGUGCCUUCAGUUACUCCAUAGGCAUAGGCCUAAAAAUCAUAGUGAACAAGGGGCUGGUCCCUUUGUGAUUCCAGGACUUCAGUUUCCUGAUAGGAGUGUGUCAUUUUCCUCAAAGUUUAAUAUUCAAGAAGGAAUCAUUCCUUUCGCUGUGUAUGUAGUGGUAGCCAGGGCACUAAAUUUAACACACCUUUUGUAACUUUUUGUUACACCCUUUACACUUGAUUUGUUGUAAAAUAACAAUAUAUUUUACUAUCAAGAAGCAGGUCUGCAGUGAGCAUCCAUUACUCUAAGAGUGCAGCUGAUUUACUAAUCUAGACCAAGUGCAAGAAAAUUUUUUCCAUAUAUAUACACUUUCAGUUUUGGUGACUGGUGCUUUGUUUUGAAUUGUACCACAUUCAAAGACUUUGCUUCUACUGGACUAUUUAUAUACCUUGCAGGGUGUGCCUACCUGUAGUUGUAUGUAUAUAGAGUAUGAAAUACUCUUCAAAUGGACAGUGGUGUGUUUCUUAGUGGCCCUACAGACUGCUGACAGAGAAUGACUGUAAUAAGUUGCCAUCAAAUGGCAACAUGUCAGAAGAACACAGUUCUCUUAUCAUUCUGCUGGGGAGAAGCCACGUCAGACGUGGCUGCGUGUGUCCCAUCAGUUUCCCAUGUUGCAUGGGGGCGUGCUGGCACGUCUCUGGGGGGGCGGGACCCCUCCUACACUGCCCCAUGUCUCCAGCCUUCUCUACUAUAUUUAUUGUUUGUUGAACAGAAAGGAGAUAGUUACGUGACAUUUUAUCCAUUUUUGUGAGAGUUUUGAUAACAUUUUAUGUUGUAUUUAUUAUUGUAUAGACCCAGCAUUUUUACGUAAUCAUUAUGGCAUCACCAUACUUACAUGCAAAAUACACGCAUACACUUGUGCUCAGAAAUAAAGACAGUUCCUAUAUGCCGACAAAUGUAAUUUGAAUAUAUGUAUAUGUGUGACAUGUUUUAUUACUGGAUAUUGGAUUAACGUGUUUCCUUUGUCUCUGAGGUCAAACAUAUUGUUAUCAUUUUCAGAGUGAGGUAAUCAACCUACUUUUAAGUUCUUGCAUUUUUCAAAAUGAGUGGACUGCACAUUGUAACAAGAAUUUUCAUAUUGUCACUGUCACUCAGCAGAAAGGGGCACAGUUGUUUUAACAAACAGUUUAAGAAUAUGUUUGUGAUUAAUUUAAAUUUAUGACUUCUAUUAUUAACAUGAACAUCUUGAGGAAUGCUGUAAUUAUUGAUUAAUAAUGUUCACACUUUAGUGAGGGGAGAGCUUUGCCCCAUAUUUACGUGUAGCCAAAUGCAUAGUUUUUACAUCUUUCAGGAGUCAUCUCACCACUGUUACUGGCAUAUGAUGUAAUCCUAUUAGAAGAUAUCUUAAGUUACAUUUAUUUUGCAUCAAUCGAUGAAUUUCAUCAGUUUUUGCAACUACAAUACUUUAUAGCAGUUUCACUCUCUGAUUAAUCCAAAGGAACGGUGCUUAUGAUUGUAGAUAUUUUAGAAUAAACAAUUACUUGGCUCUUGCUUGAAGUAAAAAUAGCUAAACGAAGCUUCCCAGAUUAGUGAAUUGGAAGAAAUUUUCAAGUUCCUUGCUAGCUGCUUCCCUAGCUCUUAUCAAAGCAUAGUUUAUACUAGUGAUUGGAAGGUUGACAAAAUCUUUCAUGAUGGGUAGCUAUACUUUUUGCUACAUGCGUAAGAGGCUGUAGCUUGAACUCAGGGAGUCAUACUGCAAUAAAUAAAUAACUUUAUGAUUGUGUAAUGCAAUGUUGUUACACACUAAAGCUUGGUGUCUGCACACUCACUACAGAUGAUUCAGGGGUGAAAACAUUGGCUUCUCUCAUGACUACGCUACAUAUAACUCUGUUGUGUGAAGUACUAUUACAGAAGUUUUAUUACUGAUUUAUACUAGUGUGAGUGCUGACACCAUAGUUAAUUCUACCAUUUUAAAACUAUUGUGUCUUAUAUGACAUGCUGCUGCGUGGCAACACAAAAUCGAAAAUCUUAUAAUUAAAUGUGCAGCCCACACUGUUACCACUGCCAGUUGCCCAGAGGCACUAAACUACCAUGUCUUACAUUGUAGGAUUCUGUGAGUAACAGAUGUUUUAUUGUAUACAGUUUGUUGAUUUUACCUUAUUUCAUUAUAUGAAAUAGAACUGUUCAUGUUAUUCCUAUUUUUAUGUAUAUUUUUUUGAGUUGUACAGAUCCGUACCACUACUUGAAUAAAAGUAUGAGACACA